UUGUUUAUUUGAUUGAAAACGUGAACAUAACAUGUGAGAUUCAAUGAGAAUUGAACAUUGUCUUUAAUUAGAUUGCUUAUUUUUCUAGUUUUUUAAAUUUUCCUUUUAAUUGUUGAGUUUUUCUCCUAAUUUUUACCGUUGACAACAUGAAGUAUAUUCUUAUAACCGGAGGAGUAAUUAGCGGUGUCGGCAAGGGAAUUAUCUCUUCAUGUAUUGGUGUCAUUCUUCAAGGGUUGGGACUAAAAGUGACCACCAUCAAGAUAGAUCCUUAUAUCAAUGUGGAUGCUGGAACAUUCUCACCCCAUGAACAUGGUGAAGUCUUUGUUCUUGACGAUGGAAGUGAAGUUGAUUUAGACCUUGGUAAUUAUGAAAGAUUUUUAGACAUCCGGUUGAAUAGUGAGAAUAAUAUUACCACGGGAAAAAUAUUCCAAAAAGUGAUCUCAAAGGAGCGGAAGGGUGAAUAUUUGGGGAAAACGGUUGAAUAUGUGCCUCACAUUACGGACGCAAUUCAAGAAUGGGUCCAACAAGUAGCUGGAACAAAUAUUAAACAAAAUGGCGGUGAUACGAUUAAUCCGGAAGUUUGUGUCAUUGAACUUGGAGGAACCAUUGGUGACAUUGAAUCAAUGGCUUUUACCGAAGCAUUUAGACAAAUGCAGUAUAAUGUUGAGAAAGAAGAUUUUUUAACCGUUCACGUGUCGCUCAUUUUAGACCCGAAAGCGACCGGGGAACAGAAAACCAAACCCACCCAAAGGUCAGUCCACGAUCUUGGAGCAUUUGGCCUCACCCCAGAUCUUCUCAUGUGUCGAUCGGAAAAAAAUUUAACUCCCGAAGUGAUUAAGAAAUUGUCCAAAAUGUGCAAUGUUCGCGCUGAGCAAGUGAUCUCCGUUCCAGAUAUGGCUCUUUACUCAAUCCCUCAGCAUUUAGUUGAUCAAGGAGUAAUCAAGGUGAUGUUUAAAUUGUUAAAUCUAAAUUUACCAAUUCCACCUAAUGUAGUUUCCAAGUGGAAUAAUUUAGCCGAGAAAACGAGAAACUGUUCCAAAGAUGUGACCAUUGCAUUGGUCGGUAAAUAUGUCAAAUUUAGCGAUGCCUAUGCAUCGGUCAACAAGGCCUUAGGUCAUGCAGCUCUCGCGUCAGGUGCUAAUUUGAAAUUAGUUUACAUUGAAAGUUCUAAUCUGGAAGAAGAGACGAAAAUUUCCAACGAAGAAAAAUAUAAUUCUGCUUGGUCAGAAUUGAGGAAAGUAAAUGGUAUCAUUGUUCCCGGAGGGUUUGAUAAAAGAGGAACCGAAGGUAAAAUAGCAGCAAUCAAAUUCGCUCGAGAAAAUUUGGUUCCAUUCCUUGGAAUCUGUUUGGGCUUCCAAUGUGCUGUGAUUGAGUUCGCUCGAAAUAUCCUCAAUUUGACCGGUGCCAAUUCAACCGAGUUUGAUGGUUCAACUAAACAUCAGGUUGUCAUCGAUAUGCCAGAACACAAUCAGGGUAUCAUGGGUGGAACCAUGAGAUUAGGGUUGAAAGAAACUCAUUUCCAUGAUAAAAGUUCAAAGAUUUACAAUUUAUACGGAAAAGUUGAUGCAAUCAAAGAGCGACAUCGCCAUAGAUAUGAGGUUAAUCCCGCUUAUGUUGAUCAAGUUGAAGGUCAUGGAUUGACCUUCGUUGGAAAGGAUUCAGAAAACAUUAGGAUGGAAAUUUUUGAAUUGAAAAAUCAUCCAUAUUUUGUUGGAGUUCAAUUUCAUCCGGAAUUUUUAUCACGACCAACUAAACCAUCGCCACCGUUUGUUGGUCUAAUUACUUACUCUUUAAAUCCUUUAGCUUAAUUAUCACCAGUAAAUCAAUUGUUUUUCCUUCUGGCGAUGAUAAUUCAUAAAUCUCUCUAUAUCUCUUUCUGUAAUUGAAUAUCAUCAUGUGAUUACUGAAAAUGAGAUAAAGAAAAACAAGUUUCAAUUAUCAAAUUAAACUUUUAAUUGGUGUUUUUGUUUCAUAAUUGAA